AUGAGACGGACCAAUUCGAAAAAAGUACCGUCCUUCUUUGAUAUGGGAGCUCAGAAAACGCUAAUAACAGAACAAACAGCGAAGGAUCUCGCACUCCCCAAGCAGUCACGAGAAAUAUGUGCCAUGACAGGAAUUGGUGGACACACAGAAAUGUUCCAAAGUAACGUGGUCACGCUUAGAAUACUCACUGCAUACGGCAUGGAAAUUGACAUGAGAGCCCAAACAAAACCGAUAAUCACAAAUGGAUUCGCAUCGGUAAACUUGUCAAAGGAGGACAAACACUUCCUCCAAUUGAACGAACUCUGGUCAUGCAAUCCACGAGUUCAGGGGGAACAUCAAAAUCCCCAUAUUCUUGUUGGACUGGACUACUAA